AUGUCCAACCAUCUGUCGUAAUUGUAACUGCAUCAGCAGCCUCUAGAGCAAGCCUAACUUUUACUUUCGUUUGUUCGUACAUUUGAGGCACUAAAACAGUGGAAACAGUCUUUCGAGUAGGAAGUUGGUAUCCACUGUUUAAAUUUUGCGAAUAUUUUCUGAAAGCUGGGCUUUCUACUAUUCUGUAAGGCAGGUAAUCUUUAACAAUCAAUUCUGUAAGACUGUUAUCAAUGUCUCUAUUUUUCCUAUUUGACAAUGGCUUAUGAAAGUAUGAAGAAAUUGUACUCACACUUUUCCGACCUGUGUGUAACACUGUUUCUACUGACUGUGCUUCACUAGAAGGGACUGUGUUUCGUUGAGUAUUUGAAGUUUCUUCUGCAGGCCUACUGGAUACAGAAGGUUCUGGAUCAUUUGGUUUAUCCUCUUCAAAUCUUGAGAUAUCUGCAGGUAGCUGACGUUUCAAGGACAGUGAAAUUGUGGGAUGUAUGGUUCGCACAUGGCGUGUGAGAUUAAAUGUACUUCCACCUUUGUACGAAAUCACUUUUGAACAGAAAUUACAUUUUGCUUUUCCAUCACUGUUAUUAACUUCUGAAAAAUAGUCCCAAAUUUGACUAGUUUUUUGAUUUCUGGGUGCCAUGAUUAAAUAACGUCAAAAUAAUUCAUGGAAACAUUAAACACUUUAAGUAUAUUAAAGAUCAAAUAAAUAAAGUUAAUCUUAUUAUUAUGUAUUUAUACUCACUCCCGUGUUCAAAAUGUUUGGCCACAAAGAAAGACUGUUUGCUGCUCGCGACUUUUUGCGACCCCGACUCGCUCGUGAAUGAAAUGACAACUCACGACUCGCAACUGAACGAAAUGAAUAUCCCGGACUAGCUCCUGAAUGAAGUGACGCGCUCCGACUCGCUCGCGAGCGUAAUCUACAACUACCGACAGACGAUCCGCUCAUGAACGAUAUGACUCUUUUGAAUGACUCAAACGAACGACUCCCUGUCGAGAGUGAGCGCACGUGAACGACUCUCUAAAACGAACUGUUUCGACCCAUCACUAUAAUCCACGACCCGAGGGAGACACACCAUUUCGUAGGGAGCCUUCAAUUUAUCUAUACUGAAUCGUAAUUUUAUUUAUACAUGUUCAAAACAUUAAAACAUGUUCAAAUAUGAAAAUAAGUUCAAAUAUUUCUUCCAGUAGGAUGUGAUGUCAAUAUUAAGAAUAAAAUUAUAAAGUUAAAUUUAACCUAGAACAAAGAUAAUAUUAGUUAGUGUGAUAUGAGUUAAAACAUUUUGCCAAUAAUAUGUCUAAAUAUAUUUGAUGGAAAAAAAUUGGAAGCCAUUUUCCUACCAAUUUUUCCUGUCUAACUAUAUUGUAAAAUAUAUUGGAUGACAAAUCUUUGACAGUGUGACAAUGCCUUAGCGAGGCCACAUAUAAAGCUUAAUCUUAAUCUUUUGCAGUCAAAUUUGCCUUAAAUGACAUUUAAAGCUUUAAUUAAUCCAAUUUUACGAACUUGAUUUAAAAAAUAUAUAUAUUGUUAAUGCGUAACAACGGUUAAAACCGAUAUGGCAUCUUCCAGAUAAAAAUUUCCACAUAAAUUAAGGAAAUAUUUAAAUGUCUUCCAUUUUGAACUAACACCCAAUAUCUUUGUCCAUAUUUGAAACCAUUGCAGUUUUUUUAAUGAAAUAUAAAAACGAAAAUGAAAUUAAUGAUUUUUCAGUUAAUCGCAUUCGUUAUAUUUAAUUUUGGUGAAUUUUAAGAAAUAUUUGUUAUGCUUAUUUGGAAAAUAUUUUUUUAGGUGGUUGGCAUUCUUUUUAUUGCUGCCAUCUCGUAAUUUGCCAUUUCUAUUUUUGCUUCUACAGAAAAUUUUAUGGUCUAUAGAAGGUUGUCCGGAAUCACACAUUUUAGUAUUAUGUGUAAUAAGUGUUAAGGAGAAGAUCUUGGUGAGACUAAAUUUGAGGGUUAAGACCAAUUAACCAGUUUGUUGUUGCAGAUCUCAUACCUCCAAGAUGUUAACGGUAGGUUCGAAAAUUCUCACUUUUCCAAAUGUACAGCACCAGGUAAGAGGGAUGGCCACCCUCAAGGCAAUUUCAAUCCGUCUCAAGUCCGUCAAGAACAUCCAGAAAAUCACCCAGUCCAUGAAGAUGGUGUCGGCGGCCAAGUACACGCGCGCCGAGCGCGACUUGAAGCAGGCGCGCCCCUACGGCGAGGGAGCCAAGCUGUUCUACGAGAAGGCCGAGGUGGCAGCGGCCGAGGAGCAGCCCAAGAAACUGAUCAUUGCGAUCACUUCCGACCGGGGUCUGUGUGGGGCCGUGCAUUCCAGCGUCUCUCGAACCAUCCGGAACGAGCUGAUGGAGAACUCGGACAAUGUCAAGAUUGUCUGCGUGGGAGACAAGUCGAGGGCCAUUCUGCAGAGGUUGUUCGGGAAGAACAUCAUGGGUGUGGCCAACGAGAUUGGUCGGAAGCCACCCACGUUCCUAGAUGCAGCGAAACUGACUCGUUGGAUUCUGGAGUCUGGCUAUGAGUUUGCAUCAGGGAAGAUAGUGUACAACAGGUUCAGAUCGGUGGUGUCAUACGUGACCUCGGACCUGCCCCUGUUCAGUUUGUCUGCCGUCUCCGUCGCUCCCAAGCUGAACGUGUACGACUCGCUGGACGAUGACGUGCUCAAGAGCUACAUCGAGUACUCGAUCGCGUCGCUGCUGUUCUACACCAUGAAGGAGAGUGCUUGCAGCGAGCAGUCGUCUCGCAUGACCGCCAUGGACAAUGCGAGCAAGAACGCAGGCGAGAUGAUCGAUAAGCUGACGCUGACGUUCAACCGCACGCGUCAAGCGGUCAUCACCCGGGAGCUGAUCGAGAUCAUCUCUGGUGCAGCAGCCCUGAAGUAACAAGCCGCUCACAUGCAGCUCCGGUAGAGAAAACCAAACUGACUUGAAAGCUCCAGGCAUUUGUAUUCCAGUCAACUGAAUUGUAAGACUCCAGUACUUCACUUUGGUUUUUAUGACUAUUGUAUGUAACUUAUCAUUUUCAGUUGUGAAAUCUAUAAAGCUACAAAUGUUUUGUUUAGAGAAAAUAUACAUUGUCUUUUGUGUGGAUGUAAAUAAACUAUUAUAAUCUG